AUGAACAAAGCACGUGCUUUCAAAGACACGGGGUGGAAGAGAGAACAAAGGUCACUUUUUGCUCGAUAUUCCCACAAGAUUGGUAUGGUUUUAGUUGUCAAUCUCUGCUUGAACAGUGAGGUUAUGGAGUUCUUUCCUGUCGAGGUCAUUGGCAACAUAUUGUCACGGCUUGAAGAUGCACGAGAUGUUGUAAUUGCAUCUUUUACUUGCCGGAAGUGGCAAGAGGCGUGGAGGAACCAUCUUCAUACACUUAAAUUUAAUUCGGAUGACUGGCCUGUUUAUGAUGAGCGCAUGACACGCAGAUUUGAAGUAAUUAUAACUCAGACAAUUUUCCAGACCAAUGCACUGCAAUGUCUUUCAAUAACCAUGAAAAAAGAUGUGCUCUCUGCUGCUCCAGUGAUUGCUUGGCUAUUGUCUCUUUCACUGGAACGUGUCACCAUAUCAGCUUUGGACCUGAGUCGUCUGCUCACUGUCUGCCCCAAAAUUGAGGUCUUAAAUCUUGUUUGUCUGGAUUUUGAUACGUUUGGUCCGGGGGGCACAAUGAAAUUUCGUAGUAACUCUUUGAAAGAUAUCCACAUUCAAGGCAUUGUUUUGGAUGAAAUCAUCUUGGAGGCUGAUAGCCUUGAGAAACUGCAAAUAAAAGAUUUUGACCUUGGGAUCUUCAAGCUUCUGAGCAAAGGGACGUUGAGACUCCUUGAAAUGGAUGACGUCUAUGGCUUCCCUCCUGAUAUUGGUGAGAAUGCUGAGAAUCUUGAAAUUGUGGAGUUCAGCAACUCCACAACAUGGCAGCCCGAUUUCCAUCAUAUGAUAUCAAAAUUAUCAAAAGUAAGAAGGAUGAGUCUAUGUGGUAUUACAUUUGAAGAUGACGUUGAAGUUGAGGAUAAUGACUACUUCUGCUUGCUUUUCUCUAUUAAGUCAUUUAUCCUUGACGUAUGA